CGCGGUGAACGUGCGUGUAGGAUGUCGUUCGUCUCGACGAUGCGGCGAGCGUUGCUCUUUAUCAGUUAACCGAAUGAGCCAAACCGACGCGGUUCGACGAAACGUCGCUGUCACACGUGUCAGGGAGGUUCCUCGUUAAGACAUUCGGAUCUCGCUGCGAACUCGUAAUUUUCGGGGACCGAUUGUACCCUUCGGGAUCGAACCUUUUCAUCCCUCUUUCGCGCUCCCUCGGACGGCUCGCACGGUGCAAAGACACAGUUGAAGAGUGGUGGAAAUUUUUCUGUAACAUGUGCGACCUAGAAAAACUACUGACCGGCACGAAGAGCUGGAGUGAUUAGAUAAAACUGGCAGGGAAGCCGGAACACGGUGAUACAUGAAAUUCCCUGAACUCCGACAGGAAAUCUGAGGUUUCAUUGAUACGCACACUGGCGCCCAUUGUGCUAUGCUUUCCAUUUGCACGCCGCGGAUAGAACCAUAGGUGUACACGGACUACAUACGCGUAUAUAUAGCGCGCGUUACGCGGCACGAUGUGUUCUUAACUGUUUGAUGGGUUUCCUCGAGCGAGAAUAAGUCGAGGACGAGAGAAUUGCGAGCUUCGUUCCUGUGUGAUGAAGAGAAGGAGGUCAAGAUGUUGAGAGUUGGAUCUGUACUGGCCGUGUUGGUCCUGCUGACCAUCGCGAAGAUCGUUGUCUCGAAUCACUGUCUCACGAUGCUCGAAGAGGUGUAUCCGAAGAAGGUGGUCCAACAGUCGAUGAACAUUACCUUCGGGGUGUCUCGCAGGGUGUCUCAGAGGAUGGCCACUAUCGUGAUGAAAAUUUUCCUGACGGAGGUGCUCGGUUAUCCGGACGUUUUCAUUUUCGAACUGGAAGAUGACAGCUUUGGCAGAAAUUUCGACGAAAUAGCGAUUGGUAUAACGGAAGAGUCUAUGGUGAACAUGGAGGUCUGGUUCCCGCCACAGGUGGACACGACGCCGUUGUUACACUUGCACGACGUGAAAGAAUGCGGAUCCAUUGCACCACCGGGUCAUUUCGGCUGGUUCGUUCCCGCCCCGUUGUCAAGGCUUGGGGACAAUUGGGUAAUCUUCGCCAGGCCAGAAACAGCUGCUCGUUUUGACGUGGACGAGUUCACGUUGGAGAACAUUCGGAAUUUCACCGUGAACCAGGCCACGGAAUCACACUUCUGCGACGAACCUUUCUGUCAACGUGGAAUGUACAUUCCCGAGAGGUGUCGAGGUAACCCGUGCGCCCUUCUGCUGACCAGUUACGCCAACGUGACGAAUUUCGUCAAGGAUCACAUCGACGAGAUGAAGCUGUACGUGAAGGUGGCCUGGGUCGGGUCGAACCUGAAGUACGUGACGGAAACAUUGACCAAGGAGUUGCUCAGCCGAAAUUCCACCGCGUCAGACGUUAACAGCUCCUUGGUGUUCCUCCACUGGACACCCAGCAGCCUGAUCCCGAGCGAGAUGAACGUCUCCGUCAUCGACUUCCCACGCUGUGGUACGAGCAAGUCGGAAGUCGGUUGCAUGUACGAGUCGAAUAGGUUGGUGAAGCUGGUCUGGGCUAGACUCGAGUACAUCGCCAAGCUGGCCUACGAGGCGAUUAAUCACGCGAAAUUCACCGGCGAGAUGUACACGGAUCUCAUCAACAGAUACAACGAUCUCAUCGGAAGAGUGGACGAAGAGGAGAUCGCGUGUGGCUGGUUGCGAGACAAUCUCAACUAUACCCUUGCACAUUGGAUGCCGAAUAACGCUGACAAGAGCACUCUGUACAUAGGUGGAAUAUUCCCUAUGAGCGAGACCUUCUACUCGGGCAAAUCGAUAUUAAUCGCAGCCAAUAUGGCGAAAGUGUCGAUCAAUGUGAACAACAGUAUCCUCAGAGACUAUAACUUCAGCCUAUUAGUCAGCGACGGUCAAUGUAAGCCGGACAUGGUGAUGAGAUCCUUUAUCGAUUAUCUAGUGCAUCAUCAGUACGACCAGCUGGUCGGUGUUUUGGGACCAGCUUGCUCGGAGACUGUAGAGCCUCUCGUUGGGGUCUCGAAGCAUUAUAAGACCGUGGUGAUCAGCUAUAGCGCAGAAGGGUCCAGUUUCAACGAUCGCACUAAGUACCCCUACUUCUUUCGAACCAUCGGCGAGAAUAAACAGUACAAGCACGUUUACUUGCAACUGCUGAAGAAAUUCGGCUGGAAGAGGGUGGCCUCGCUGACAGAGGAUGGCCAGAAGUACACGGAAUAUAUAUCGUACAUGCAGGAUAUACUUAGGGACAACGGGAUCACGUUCGUGGCGAAUGCAAAAUUCCCUAGGGAACGGGAGGCCGACGUAAUGACGAAGUACUUGCAAGAUCUGAAGCAGAAGAAGGCGAAGAUCAUUAUCGCUGAUGUGUACGACCAAAUAGCACGGCAGGUGAUGUGCGAGGCGUACAGAUUAGAAAUGACUGCAAUCCAGGGCUACGUGUGGUUUCUACCCCUUUGGCUGCGACCGGAGUGGUACGACACGGACCGAUACAAUCGCGCUGGGGAACAGGUGCCGUGUACCACGAUGGAAAUGAGCAAGGCCAUAAACGGUUAUUUCGGUCUCUCUCACGCGUACUUCGCACCCGAUGACGAAAUCAUGCAAGAAGGAAUAACGGUGCGCCAAUGGCGCGAUCGUUACGAGUCCAAGUGCCGACAGAAAGAUCAACCCCCGUCUAAUUACGCUGGUUUCGCUUACGACGCCAUGUGGACGUACGCUUACGCGAUGGAUCGACUGCUGAAGGAGAACCAGAGUUACGUCUUCGAGCUCCACAGCCCGGAAACUAGCAACAGAUUAACGGACAUCAUCGGAGAGAUGGAUUUCCAUGGGGUGUCUGGGAGGAUCAAAUUCUUCGGUGGUCCUUCAAGAUACUCGGUCAUCAACAUCGUUCAGUACGUGAAUAACGAAACUCGAAUGGUCGGUAAUUUCUACCCGAAUGUAUCAGAGACCAAGCACGAAGUCGUGGGUGGUAGAUUGGAUCUGAACGUCUCUGCCUUGGUCUGGCUAUCCAAAACGAUGCCAGACGACGGCUCUGAACCACCCCAACGUUGUGUCAUCGGCGGUUUCGCCGAUUUCCUAAACGUGUCCUGCGAAGUUGCAUUUGUGGUAGUCAAUUUCCUUGGCUUUGGCUUGCUGGGGGUGUUACUGAUCAUUGGUUUCAUCAUCAUCAAGAGAAGAUACGAAAAGAAAGUGCGUCUACACGAGAAGUACAUGAAGUCCAUGAAGUACAUGAUGGACGGGUGCGACCUGGACAAAUGGGAGAUACCCAGAGACAGGGUGGUUAUUAAUCGGAAACUGGGCGAGGGUGCGUUCGGAACCGUUUACGGUGGCGAAGCGUUCUUCCCUGAGAAAGGUUGGCUGGCCGUAGCCGUGAAGACUUUAAAAGCCGGAAGCUCCACUGACGAGAAGUUGGACUUCCUCAGUGAGGUGGAAGUAAUGAAGAGAUUCGAGCAUAAGAAUAUAAUCAAACUGCUGGGUGUGUGCAUCAAAGGCGAGCCUGUCUUAACCGUCAUGGAAUUCAUGCUCUAUGGCGACCUGAAAACGUACCUACUCGCCAGAAGACAUCUCGUCAACGAUCGCAAUUACGAAGAUUCGGACGAGAUUUCUAAUAAAAAGUUAACCGCGAUGGCGCUGGACGUGGCUAGGGCUCUUAGCUAUUUGGCACAAAUGAAAUACGUUCACAGGGACAUUGCCUCGCGAAAUUGUCUGGUGAACGCUCAGCGCAUAGUCAAACUUGGCGAUUUCGGUAUGACGAGGCCGAUGUACGAAAACGACUACUACAAAUUCAAUCGAAGAGGUAUGCUUCCGGUGAGAUGGAUGGCACCAGAGUCACUAGGCCUAGGGAUCUUCACUCCAGCCUCGGACGUCUGGUCCUACGGAGUUUUGCUCUAUGAGAUCAUCACGUUUGGUAGCUUUCCCUUCCAAGGGAUGAGCAAUAACGAAGUACUGACUCACGUCAAGAAUGGAAACUCCUUGAUAGUUCCUAAAGGAGUGAAAUUGCAGCUAGUAAACUUGAUGUACUCUUGCUGGAGGAAAGAGCAUACGAAGAGGCCAACUGCUCCGGAGAUCGUCGAUUUCCUAGCAACGAAUCCUCGGAUUCUGUCUCCGUGUUUAGACGUUCCUUUGUCCAGCGUACAGAUCGAGCACACUGGGCAACUAGAUAUACAGUUGACAGAGAAUUUCAGGAAGUUCUCGUUAUCCUGGCCACCUGAGCGUUCCACGACCAGGUCAUCCACGUCUACGUCGAGCCCACUGGGACCACCCAGUCCUCCUCUACUCGACAUCAACUGCCAUGACGAAAAGCAGAAUCCAGACUUAUUGUUGGGCAACGCGAACUCCGACAUGGAGUGCUCUAGGCCUCUCCUCAUGAACUCCGAGGAGCCUUCGUCGGGCUCGGCGGUGAUCCUGCAGAAUUUCAAGCAGAAGGAGGAAGCAGCGCACAGGUACGUGAAUAUUCAGCCGGGAAUGACGAACAACUUUCGACGUCAGAGCGGCGGGAACAUCCAGCUAGAGGAGAGGAACGCCAUGCUGCCAGGCAACAAGAGAUCGGACGACGUGUCGAUUCUUUGACAGCAGAGGAAACACGCGAUUUCGCGACAAAAAUCGAUGGUGCACUUCUACAGACGUGCCGAGGGUAUAUUCGAAAGAUACGCGAAAAGGUCGUACAGGAAAACGAGCGUCUAGAUCGUCUCGUCGCCAUCUUGGUGGUCAGCUGACCGGUGUAGAUAGAUUUCGGUACGAGUUCUCCGGUCAACUAUUGCAAUCUCGCGAUGGUGGAAGUGUAGUUUCCUCGAUGUUUAUUUCUCUAGCGAGUAGGAUGAUUCGUUGGAAAUUAAAAUCCUGCCGAUUUAGCUAUGAUAAAUGAAGUCUACCGUAGGUACCAGUGACGGAAACAGGAAACAUUAUCAGUUGCAAUAAGCGAAAAUUCCGGUGCGAAGUUUCGAAUCCACAGAAACGAACUGGUUCCGUAGGUUUUCGCUCAAUCCACUUUUGAGACUGAUAUACUGUAGAAAUAUUAAGUUACCAAUCGACGCGACAGCGCUGGAGAUUUCUCAGGAAAUUGAAACAGUUUCGUACGCACAAGAAAAUGAAAGUAGGCUUCUAGAAUACUUCUGUCUGCUCUAAUAGCAGUGAUAUUUCGCAAAUGAAAGUACGUCGAGCGGAGUAAUUCUUUGAUCAAAAUAGAAAUUUCCAUUGUUUUCGCGUCGAGCAAGAAGUAAACAGAAAAGGCUGCUUCGGUUAGAUAGGAAGAUAAUGGAAAGGAGAAUGACUGAUAAACGAACAGAGGCGGAAGAAUUUCGCAAGCAGCAUUUCUCUGUCCA